CAAGUCCUCACGCACAGAGGCUCGCUCCCGGACGCCGCUGCUCGCUCUGUUCGUCCCCCAUUAGCUAGAGCUUAACUGCAUCGCGCGCCAUGGAGGAUGGGUCGUCAGCGAGGGAGGCGGAGAGGUGGGAGGGGUACGUCGACUGGAGGAACCGGCCGGCGGUGCGCGGCCGGCACGGCGGCAUGCUCGCCGCCUCCUUCGUUCUCGUUGUGGAGGUGCUCGAGAACCUGGCGUUCCUGGCGAACGCGAGCAACCUGGUGACCUACCUCAUGGGCUUCAUGCACUACUCGCCGUCGCAGUCGGCGACGACGGUGACCAACUUCAUGGGGACGGCCUUCCUCCUCGCACUCCUCGGCGGCUUCCUCUCCGACGCCUUCUUCACCACCUACGCCAUCUACCUCAUCAGCGCCCUCGUCGAGUUCCUGGGGCUGGUGGUCCUAACGAUCCAGGCGAGGACGCCGUCGCUGAUGCCGCCGGCGUGCUCCAGGGGUGCCGGAGCGGCGGCGUGCGAGCCGGUGUCGGGGCCGAAGAAGGCGAUGCUGUUCGCGGGGCUGUACCUGACGGCGCUGGGCGUGGGCGGCAUCAAGGGGUCCCUCCCGUCGCACGGCGCGGAGCAGUUCGACGAGCACUCGCCGAGGGGGCGGAAGGGGCGCUCCACCUUCUUCAACUACUUCGUCUUCUGCCUCUCCUGCGGCGCGCUCAUCGCCGUCACCUUCGCCGUCUGGGUCGAGGACAACAAGGGGUGGCAGUGGGGGUUCGGCAUCUCCACCAUCGCCAUCCUGCUCUCCAUCCCGGUGUUCGUCGCUGGCUCCAGGCUCUACCGCAACAAGGUGCCCACGGGGAGUCCGCUCACCACCAUCGCCAAGGUCGUCCUCGCCGCCGCGUUCGCUGGCCGCGGCGGCGCCCAGAGCUCCAGCAAUGGCGCCGUCAUCGACCGCGCGCCCAGCCCCACGGGGAGCACCGACAUGAAGGAGUACUGCAAGCCCGGGGACAUCUGCUUCGCCGACGCCGAGGCAGCGACGGAGCCGUCGCAGGAGCUGGUGUUCCUGAACCGCGCGGUGCAGCGGCAGCAGCGGUGCGGGGCGCUGUCGUGCACGGUGCAGGAGGUGGAGGACGUCAAGAUCGUGCUCAUGGUGCUCCCCAUCUUCUUCUCCACCAUCAUGCUCAACUGCUGCCUGGCGCAGCUGUCCACCUUCUCCGUGGAGCAGGCGGCGACGAUGGACACCCGCGUCGGUGGCCUCAAGGUGCCGCCGGCGUCGCUGCCGGUGUUCCCGGUCACCUUCAUCAUAUUCCUCGCGCCGGUCUACGACCACGUCAUCGUCCCAUUCGCGCGCCGCGUGACGGGCACGGAGAUGGGCAUCAGCCACCUGCAGCGCAUCGGCACGGGGCUCGUCCUCUCCAUCGUCGCCAUGGCCGUCGCCGCCGUUGUCGAGGUGAAGCGCAACAACGUGGCGUCCAGCGCCGGGAUGCUCGACUCGGCCGCGCCGCUUCCCAUCACCUUCUUCUGGAUCGCGUUCCAGUACCUGUUCCUUGGGUCUGCCGACCUGUUCACCCUGGCGGGGCUUCUCGAGUUCUUCUUCAGCGAGGCGCCGGCGAGGAUGCGGUCCCUGGCGACGUCGCUGUCGUGGGCGUCGCUGGCGCUGGGGUACUACCUGAGCUCGGUGCUGGUGACGGUGGUGAACAGCGCGACGGGGCGCGGCGGGCGGCGGGCGUGGCUGCAGGGGGAGAGGCUGAACCACUACCACCUGGAGAGGUUCUACUGGCUGAUGUGUGUGCUCAGCACCCUCAAUUACAUCUUCUUCCUCUUCCUGGCGAUCCGGUACAAGUACAGAAACGCAGGUGUCAUCAAGGGUUGAUCAAUAUGUAAUGCAGGGUUAAGUGUUUACUUAUCAGGCAAAGUUAAAAAAGAGAGAGGAGGUUAAAGGGAAGUAAAUGUGGUUAGUUGGCUUGGUGGUCUUGAGAAUGUUCAUUGCUGUGUGGAUGAACAGAAGAAGCAAUUAAGCAAUUUGUUCAUAAGCACACCAGUGAUCAAUGCAGGAAGAGGAUACUUGUGAUUAGUGAAGAUAAUUUCCGAUCCAUACCAGUUCAUCUCCGUCUCUGCUAAUACAGUGCUACUCAUCGCUGAUUUAAAUAUAUGAUAUUCAGAACGAGAUUCAA